CCCUGCUUGUUAUUUUGUCCAACAUGAGUUCAGACUCAGUUUUAUUGUUAGAGACGGUUCAUUUCGCCGCAGAGAAACAUCGCGACCAAAGACGUAAAGACCCCGAAGAGACGCCGUACAUUAAUCAUCCAAUCGGAGUAGCCAGGAUCCUCAGCCAUGAAGGAGGCGUCACAGACAUCGAGGUUUUGCAGGCCGCUCUGCUCCACGACACGGUGGAGGACACGGACACCUCGCCCGCAGAGCUGGAGGCAAAGUUCGGGCCGAUCGUGGCUCGAAUCGUUCAGGAGGUGACGGACGACAAAAGCCUUCCCAAACACGAGAGAAAACGUCAGCAGGUGGAACACGCGGCUCACUGCAGCUGCCAGGCCAAACUGGUCAAACUGGCUGAUAAACUGUACAACCUGAGGGACCUCAACCGCUGCACGCCUGUCGGUUGGACAGCUGAGCGGGUUCAGGAGUAUUUCAUGUGGUCCUCGGAGGUGGUCAAAGGCCUGAAAGGAACCAACUUGGCUCUGGAGGAGAAACUGGAGCAGCUGUUCAAACAGAGAGGGGUCCAUCUCUGACAACACGGCUGUAACGCGGCGGACCUUUCAAAGGACAAAUACCAUACCGUUCAUUUGUGAAAUAAAUUUUUCAUA